AUGACAGACGAGUCCGCAGAGGAGCUCUUUGUCGACAAAGAGGGCAUCCCGCACUGGGACGGUGAGAACAUAGCUCUUCUACGAGAAUAUCGAAUGAGACAGAUGAUAGAGUACAGCACGCAGUCGAGCACGACGGAGGCCGGCAGGGAGAAGCGGGCGAACCUGGGCUUGCGCCUGACGCGAGGCCUCACUGGCCCUGCGUGGAAGGCGGUGGAGCCCCUCCUGGACGACAUGGCGGCGCUCACGGAGGACGGCUCGCACCAGAGGAUCAUCGAAGCUCUCGAUGGCCUGGACAAAGUGGCAGUGGUGCGCAAGCAGCAGAAGUUCGACGAUUUCUUCAAGCGGUCUCGCCGCAGACGUGGCCAGGAGAUCGUAGAGUACCUGAGGACCUUCCACAACAAGUACAAGGAGCUGACCGAGCUGGACACGGGGACGAAGCUCAGCGACGAUCUCUACGCGUACUUCCUCCUCGAGGGGGCCAUGCUGACGGACGACCAGAAGCGGCUGGUCACGAUGGUGGCGGACAAUAAGUACGAGACGAAGGCUUUUGAGAACACACUGAAGACGAACUACCACGACCUCCACCUGCAGGAGAAGACCUCCCGGCCGCCACCGCCUCACCCUCACGGGCGCCCGAAGGGCGGAGGCAAGGGCGGCAAGGACAAGUCCAAGAAGCAGCCGAGGGUGUACUACACCGAGGCGGACGACGUGGACAACGAGGAGGAUGAGCAGGACGAGGAUUACGACGACGAGGUCUACCAGGCCUACGAGGAUGGCGACGCAGAGGAGGACUUCGCCAGCGACGCUGGUGCGAGUCAGGACGAGGCAAUCAACAACGCGUACGCCGCCUACGACACCGCCGGGGCCAAGGUCCGGGACCUCCAGAGGAAGCGCGGCUUCUUCAAGGCGGAGGGCACGCUGACCUUCGAGGAGCGCAAGGCGGAGAUCGCGAAGGACAAGCAGCGCACGCACUGCGGGGCGUGCGGCAAACUCGGCCACUGGGCUGGGGACCCGGAGUGCCCCAUGGGUCCGAAGAGGCCGAAGCCGUCAGCGAAGCCGAAGAGUCGAGCUGACCCACGCGGCCGAGCAGCGGCGCUUUCGCGCCAGGCCUGGAGCAGUCCUUCGGCCUCGGGCAGCAGCCCACGCCCAACGAGCAGCACCAGUGCCAAGAAGCGGAGGGAUGCGACCCUCUUCGUGCUGGACGACGUCGAGUACGACUCGGCCUUCCUUGUCAGCUCGGACCGUGGCUCCGACCUCGGCUCAUUCAAGCUCGUGGGCAGCGACGUCGGCGACAGCGCGAGUGUGGUCAGCGACAGCCUCAGCACGAUCCCCCCGACGAUGAAGGACGACGAGGUGCUGCCGUGCCCGAAGUGCUCCAAGGCUCUGGUGGCCCGACAGAAUCAUCGGACGGGCGGCUGGUUCUUCGGAUGCAGUCAGUUCCCGGACUGCAAGGGCACGCUGAACUACAACGAGGGCGAGCAGCGGCUACUACCCGGGGAAGGAUCUUUGGAGAUGGUGCUUAUGGUGAGUGAAGACAGUGACUCGUCUGAUGUACCAGUGGCGCUCAUCGACACCGGUUGCACAAGAUGUAUGCACGGCAAGCGCUGGCGGGAGUUGUUCGAGAAGAGGUGCUUGCACCCCCGCGGCCUGGAGAUCAAGAUGACGGACCGCCUGAGGAGCUUCUCCUCGGCCUUUGGCAAGAGGCAGGAGGGGCGCGUGGUCGAGAUCCCGGUCGCCCUCGGCGGCCGCCGCGGGGUGAUCUUCAGCACGGAGAUGGAGGACUGCGACACCCCGCUCCUGGUCAGCCUGGCGUCGCAGGAGGCGCUGGGUGCCGUGCUCCACCUGAAGGAGAUGCGGAUGGAGCUGCAGACGCUCGCCGUGGACGUGCAGCUGCUCAAGGUGGGCGGUCACUUGGCAGUGCGACUUGAUGGCUGGGGCGAUGAUGAUCACCGAUCGGCGGUAGCUUCGAGUUCAGGGCCAGCGACGGCGAUCUCGAAGAAUCGGGACUCGGAGUUCUUCUUCGCGCAGGCGCAGAAGGAGUCGGCCUUCGAGGAGUCCGACGGCGAGGAGAUCCGAGUCGAGGAGGAGGUUGGCCACGCCUUCCUGUCGAAGGAUCGAGGUGUGCUGGCCACCGACGCGACAGGGAUCCUCUCCAAGACGACUCGGAAGAAGCUCGAGUCCACCUGGCGUGAGCUUCGCAGAGAGGAUCGACGCCUACGAGGAGAGCUACUUCGACCGAGGUUCGAGGCGGAGCGUUUCGUGACCGCCGACUUCCAGACUACGGUGGUGUUCGAGCCGUUCGGCGGAGAGCACAUCCUGACGCGCUACGGUGCAAGGGAGUACGGUUGGAUGCAGUCUCAACCGCUGGACGUGGACCACUCCCCCGACUACGACUUGCUCAAGGGCCCUGGACGGGCCUUACUCUACCGGAUCCUCGACCUGCACUGGCCUUACAUCACAGUGUUGGCUUUUCCCUGUCAUCCGUGGUCCCUGAUGACCAACACGAACAAGCUCAUCGACUGGGAUAAAGUCCGCAGGAGUGCUGUGUUUGUACGCGGAGAUCAAUGUGCCUACGGAGCCUGCGACAAGGACACGGACAAGCCGAUCAAGAAGCCGACGGGGUGGCUCACGAACAGCGCAGCGGUGGCGAACCACCUGAGCAAGCGCUGUGUCUGUCCGCCCGGCGCCCACCAGCAGCUGCUCGGGAGGAACUCGGGUGGCUAUCGGGCGCAGCAGGCGGCAGCCUACCCCGUGGGCCUCGCGAAGGCCUUCUGUCGCGGCGUGCUCCAGCAGAUGCAGAUCGACUACCGCAGCUCGCUGGUCAUGGAUGCGGCCUUCCCGGUGGAGGAUGCUUUCCCUCACGAGCGUCCGCGAUCGCGGAGCCCGCCGCGGGGAGAGCCCGUGCCAGAGGAGGUACACCAGGAGGGCCCGCCUCUCGGAGAGGACGCGCCGCCUGCCGAGGCGGCGGCGGAGGCCCCAGAGGCAACGGCCGAGGUGCCCGUGGGGCCCAGGCGCGGCCGAGCGCCUGCUCGCCGCGAGCGCGGCGUGCCUCCUGGCGGACGCCCGCUGGGCUUCCGCCGGGGACGGCGUACGCAGCACGGCGAGUUCGAGCUGUUGACGGUGGAGCUGUGUGCUGAGCUGGACACGUUCCGGAGUUGGCACAGGAGUUUGCUGGAGAAGAUGGGCGAUGAUAUCGAGACGAUCAUCUGGGGCUCGGACCUCUUCCUGGAGGAGCUGGGAGGAGUCAUCAGCGAGCCGCUGAAGAUGGUGAAGGCUAGACGCGGGGGUCAGCGGCUCCAGACGGCGCAGCCGCAGCUGCACGCCGCGGACGCCCCGCUCAGGAUGGUCACUGCGCUCAAGGGCGACCAGCUCUUCAGGCUAGACUUCGAGGACUGGUCGCAGCAGUCCCUGCAGGCACGGCGGCACUGGUUGCCGCGACAUCUACUCGAGAACGACGUGGUGGUCUUCUACUUCGCGGGCUACGAGCGGGGCGAUCUGCCCGAGGGGCCGGCUGCUGCUCAGCAGCGGGACGCCUCGCGGGAGAGGAUGCGACGUUGGGAGCUGUUGCCGAGGGCCGUCAAGAGGGCGAUCGAGAGGGUGCACGUGAACCUCGGGCACCCCUCGCGACCAGCGCUGCUCAGGGGGCUGCGCCUGGGCAAGGCGACGGCGCUGGCGCUGAAGGCAGCGAGGCUGUUUGUCUGCGAGAGCUGCCGGCGAGUGCAGCGACCCAGCAUCCCGCGUCCGAGUCAGCUCCCGAGGGUCGACGAGUUUAACGUGCUGCUCGCGAUGGACUGCUUCGAGAACGUCGACAGUGCCGGCAACAACUGGGAGUUCCUUGGCAUCAUGUGUAUGGGGACGAACUUCCACGUGGUCUGCCUGCUGGAGGACACUCACAAGAACCCCAUGGCCUCGGAGGUCAGGAAAUUCUACGAGCUCUGCUGGGUCUCCUGGGCCGGCCAGCCGGAGGAGGCGAUCAUGGUGGACCGCGCGCGGUCCUUCCUGGGCGAGUUCGCGGACUACCUGGAGCAGGAGGGCGUGCGCCUGGACUCGGCCGCUCUGGCUUCGCCGUGGCACAUCGGCAAGAUGGAGCGUCACGACGGCAUCUGGAACUCGAUGCUCACGAGGGUGGUGCACGACAAGCAGGUGGCGGGCCUUGAGGAGAUGAGAACAGCAGUGACGGAGUGCAACAGGGCCAAGAACACGUUGGCCCGGCGGGCUGGCUUCAGCCCCUACCUCUGGGUCCUCGGCCGGGACGUUCGCCUCCCGGCGAGCCUCGCGGACGACGCCGAGGUGGAGCGUGUGGGCGAGCAGGUGGCAGCUGCUACGCCAGGCUCGCAUUUCGCUCGCAAGGUUGAGAUCAGGACUCAGUGCAGGAUGGCCUUCAUCCAGACCGACACGGAGGAUCGACUUCGACGAGCUGAGCUUCGACAGAUACGACCGACGAGAGGGCCGUUCGUUGUGGGCCAGUGGGUGCUUUUCUACGACCAGGCGCAGCCAGCCAAGCAUCGGCCUGAGCAUCCAGACAACUGGCGAGGGCUGGCGCGUGUGAUCGGCCAUGAGGGACGGCAUGGAGUGUGGCUCGCUUUCCGUGGCCUCACUGUGCUCGCGAGCCCGGAGCACCUGGCCGCAGCGACCGGCCACGAGAUCCACGCCUGCGGCGGCAGUGGCUUCGUGGACCUGCGAGGUCGGCCCAAGCCCCCCGCCGCGGCGGGGCAGGAGCCCGCUGAGCUGGGCGACGAGAGCGGCAUGGACGUCGGGCCGCAAGCGGAGGUGCCAGAGGAGCCGCAGCCCGCCCCGGCUCCGCCUGAGCCGGAGGCGCCUCCGGCCCCGCCUGAGUCGGAGGCUCCCCGCGCGGCUCCAGCCGCGCCCGAGCCGCCCGCGGCGCCAGCCCCAGCAGUGGGGGCUGAGGACGUGCCCGUGCCGCCCGACCUGGACUUCGACGCGAUGGAGUUCGACGCAGCGAUGCAGGAGAUCAUGAGGGACGACGGCGACGACGGCUGGCACCCCGACUCCCACGGGGUGCACACGGAGCCCGAGCCGGGGACCUCUCGGCAUCGGCGCCCUGGGAGCCUCCUGGAGGAAGAGGAGACGGAGGAGCGCCGCGAGCGGGAGGCUAAGCGGCGGCGCCUGCUGGAUGACGUCCCUGUUUCGAUCCGACAGGGGACUGCACGAUCCAGCCCCUCGGCGCCCGCCGACUCGGCGACGUUCGUGCUGGACAACGACCUGGAUGAGUUCAUGGAGGCCGGCUUGGAGACGUACCGGCAGGACGAGGCCUUCUUCGUCCAGGAGGGCAUUGGCAAGGAGGAGUUCAUCUUCGGGCUGAUGCGGAACGAGUUCGAGCACGCUUUCCUGACGAAGAAGCUGGGGAGGAAGGAGAUCAAGCUCGGCAGCUUGCCGGACUUCGAUGCGGCCGAGCCGAUCCCGCCGGAUGAGAGCGAGGCGCUCCGCGCGGACAAGGCCAACAUCAUCAUCCCGAUGCGCUGGGUGGAUACCGACAAGAACGACGGGAAGUACGACGAGGCCGGAAGUCGCCUGGUCGUGGUGGGCUUUCGCGACCGCUUGCUGGGUAUGUUCAGGCGGGACGCUCCCACUGCCUCGCGGCUGGCGGAGGCGCUGCUCCUGACGCUGGCGGCGGCCAUGGGCAUGAUCCUCUCCCUGCGCGACGUCAAGAACGCCUACUUCAAUGGGCAGAACCUGCAGCGCGAGGUCUACCUGGAGCAGUCCCGAGGGGGCCUACCUGGCCUUGUCCCGGGCCAGCUGCUGAGGGCCCGCAAGGCCAUCUACGGCUUCGCGGAGGCAGCGAGGCUAUUCUGGCUAGCGCUGCGUGACGCUUUGCUGGCUGACGGUUGGCUCCAGUCGUGCCUGGUUGCGCUCUUCUACAAGCGCGUGGACGGGCAGCUGAAGGGCAUCGCGGUCUCGCACGUUGACGACGUGCUGGUGGCGAGGAUGAAGGACAUGCAGCUGUCGGACCUCUUGCCGAAGGUCCUGGGCACGUUCCAGUGGAAGUGGAGCGAGCUGCCCUUCACCUUCCGCGGCCGAGAGCUUUCGAGUGAUCCGAGAGGUUUUUUGGUUAAGAUGGUGAACUACGCAACUUCCCUCAAGCCGAUCAAGAUCCCAGCAGCCCGAAGGAAGCAGUUGCAGGAGGACUUGAACGAGGACGAGGCGAAGGAGCUGCUGCGGGUAUCUGGUGAGAUCGGCUGGCUAGGUCGGCAGUGCCGACUCGACCUGGCCUUCCUCUCGGGCGAGCUGCAGAGGGCCCGAGCGGCCCCGUGUGUGGCGGACCUGGUGAAGGCGAACCUGGCGGUGUCCGAGGCCAAGAGGGGCGCUGAGGUCGCGCUGGUCUACCCGGCCAACUUGAGGCUGUCCAGCGCUGUGAUCGGCGCGGCCGUGUACGCGGGCCACGCGAACGGCCCGGAGCACGACGACAUCGAGCGCUACAAGAGCUGUGGCGGCCACGUGGUGCUCCUCACGACCGACAGCAUCCUGGCCGGACAUCAAGCACCAGUGGCGGUGCUGGACUGGAAGAGUGGCAUGACUCAGCGGGUGUGCCGCUCAACUUUGGCGGCAGAGGCCAGUCAUCUGGCAGACGCAGUGGAGGCCGUCGACUGGGCGGCGGUGCUGUUUAGAGAGGCGAUGAAUGUCUCGGUGGACUUGCUCAACCGGCAGGGGGAGGUGCAGCGGCUCCCCCGCUUCUGGGCGACAGACGCAAAGUCCGUCUACGACCACCUCACGAAGGAGGGCUCGACGAAGAGCAAGGACAAGAGGAUGGCGAUCGAGGGUGCCUUGCUCAGGGAGGUGCUGCGCUGCGAGAACACCCACCUCAGGUGGAUCGAUGACUCGCAGAACAUCGCCGACGUGCUGACGAAGCUAGGGGUGGACAAGGUCUACCUGUACAAGGUGCUGCGGGAGGCCAAGUGGAGCCUGGUGCAGGACCCGGCGGCGGCGGCGCUCAAGAUGAGGAAGAGUAUGCAACGUGCUAGCCGCAAGACCGCCAUCGAUUCGAGGAAGACGGAGAAGAGGCAGAAGGACAAACUCGUGAGAGCUAAUGAGAUGCGGGACAUCGCAGAUUGA